AUCCUAAGAAAAGAGAUCCUGAUAGUCAGGCUGUUUUUGAAAAAAAUAAUUAUUAUGUAGUUAGUGAAAAGGUUGUACCUAAAACUUAUCAGAGUAUUAAAAGAGUGAAGAAUGAGGCUGAGAUAGUUCCAAAUAAUAAGAAUGCUAUUGUUAAAACUUUGACAAAUGACUAUACUACUGAAAAUAUUAGUUUUAUGGUUAAUGUUGUAUUUCCAUAUUCUAAUUCUCGUUUUCUAUAUUUUAAAAAUUCUAUUCAGCCAAACAAGUCUUUACUUUUCAUUGUAGAAGAGUUGGAAAUUAUUCAGGAUGAUAUAUAUGUUUAUGCUAAGAAUAUUAAUUAUAUUGAAAUAAUUAUUUUUGAAAUUCAUAAUAAAGACUCUGAGCCUUUAAAAAAUGUAGUAAAUUCGGAUAGUUUAGAUGAGAUUGCCAAGAAUUUGCUAGGAGUUAGUGAUUUAAAAUUCGCAGAGGCUAAUAAUAGUGAAAGUAAAUUGAAGGAUGAUAGUAAAAAGACCAGUAUGUAUUUUGAAGAAAUCGAUGAAAUUGGUAGUGACCAGGAAG